CUGGUAAACUAGAGGCUUUGCGUGAUUCUGUGGUCCUUGAUUUUUUUGCCUCUAGAGACGGUCACCUUGUAAUUUGAAACUUUUUAACCAGUUUUCGAAGAACGUUAAGGGUCUGCUGACACUGAAUUAUUUUAAGGGUAUCUGCUGAGUUACACCUACGCCUGCUAUCAUGUUAGGCCUACAAAUCGCCCCUGAACCCUUCGGCAGGAAAACGGGUCCCUUUGAAAACAAUGAGAGGCAUCACCAGAUGGCAAGGCCUCUGAUGGACGAGGACAUAACAGAGUUUUCAGAGGCGACAGCUAAGGAUGGUUUGGAAGAGUCCAAAAAUUCCGAAGAGCAAAAUGAGGACGGAAUUGAGAUAGUGGAUGGAGCAUUCAAGCAGAAACUGCAGGAAUUACUUGGCAUUCAGGAAAGUGGGAUUAGGGAAGCUAUUGAAAGUGUGAGAAGUUAUGCAGUCAGUGUUCCAGAGACAGUACUCAAGACUACUUGCAAAGAUAUUCAAGCAAAACUAAAUGAAAUGGAAUAUACUGUUGAAAGAGCAGUACACUGUGCCUUGAAAGGACGUGAGAUAGAUGCAGCAUCGAUGCUAACUGAACAAGCAGCCGAGUUGCAACUGGAGUUUCAAAAAAUCGUAUCUGGAUAUCAUGGUACAGUAACUACUGAGGAAGUUCGUGCUGGAGAUACAAAUGAAAAAUGUUCUACAAAAUGCACCGAGAAAAAUGGGUCGGUUAAUGAAGAGAAGAUAUUAACAGCUAAUGGCGACCAUAGCAAAGUAGAAUUGCUUGAUGAUAGAGACUGCAACAGAGAGGAGGAAAUGGUGGCUGUUUAUAGCGCUGGAUAUAGUAAAUCACUUUGUAAUAAAAAAAAGUCUAGUAGAUUUUACAAGGGAAAAAUACCUGAAGGAGAUCAUGGAGGAAUCAUUCUGAGAACCAAUGGUUUUGGUAGGACGUCGCUGGUUGAAGAAGCUUUAAGUUUAGUACUAUCGCCAAAUGAUGAAAAGUCUGUCAGGGAGGCAGUGUCUGCCCUGUUGGAUGCCAAGUGUGAUGGAACUUUGCUUCAACUGAUAGCAUCUAAACUAAUGCCCAGAACUGACCCAGAGAGGAGGAUCCCUGCCACAGUACAGGGAGACAAACUGCUGAUGGAGAACUUUAUAGGGGGUUACACCAUCUGGAUUCCUGAAAGCUGGCACAGCCUAGCUUUUGACAGAGCAGAAUACACAGAAAUGAAACUUAUGUCCCAUUUAGUUAAAACUGGUGGCAGUCGAGGGAAAAAAAUUGAAGAGAUAUUAGAGAUGAAAUAUGUAGACGAAGGAAUCUACACUAGCCUCUCCGGAAUGGAAGGAGUUUGGUUCAAGGCAUCUCGUGGCCUGAAUAGGAGGGACAGUGCCAGUGAUGGGAACGUGAACAUUGAACUUAGCUUUGACAAGCUCUUGCCGUACUUCCUGCUCACUGAACGCUACAGCGUCUACGCUGUAGAAAUUUGUCAGCGCAGUAAAAGAUGCACAAGUAGAUUUGUGAUCUGCAGGUCGACUGAUCAGUGUGUUCCAUCAAACUGGGUGCCUUACAAAUACAUGCAACCAGGUGGACCUUGGUAUGUUACAAAAGACGAGAGAAGCCAGACUAUUGUCAACAAAUAUGCAAGCAGAAUAAGGCGUUGCAAUGCCAUGAUUUUGCCUGUGGAACAUGAAAUGGAGUUUUUCUUCAAGCUAGACAAGAAAUUCAAGAAGGAGCUCUGUGAUAAGUUGGCACUGGUUCUAGAUAUUUAGUCGAACUUUGGCAAAGGGGGACUUGGAUACAUGACUCACAGCUUUGUAUAACUGGAUGCUUCCAAUAUUAGUGAGGAGUCGUGAGUGGCGUCAAAUUCUGUUAACCCAGUUUCUUGAGGGAUCCUACCAAUUUAAGAGCUGCUGUGAAUGUUGGGUGUUGGCAUUUUGAUGAGAUACUGUGUUCUGAGUUUUGAAUAGCUUAAAAAUUCCAUUUUUAAGGAGUUUAAAUCUCUUCAUAUCUCAAUUUUUCGAAGCCAUUUGAUGUGUUUUGUGGAAGGUGUUUUAGUCAUAUUAAGUAUAAGCAGUUUGUCAGGCGUAGUAAAUGCUGGCUAUUUUAACUAAUAAAGAAAUAAACGAUGCAGUUAUA